CGCAAUUCUGGUAGGAAGAAGUCAUUUUUCGCAGCGUAUGCGCUUGGCAUAUGUACCUGUUCGUAGACGGAGACUAUUGAGCCGAGCUACCGCUGCAUUGCACGUUGCAAAAGACAGUGUUUUACAUCGUGGCUCCCCGCCUGCUAGUGUUGCCUCAGUUCCACGUAUUCCACUUCGUGCAUUCUUGGCCACCCACGCUAUAACUUUUCAGAAGACAGCGAAUGCUCGCUUGGUCCGAUAUAUUCACUGAGUGUCAGGCUCCAGACUGCUGAUUCGUUCACGUACUAUGCGCUAACUGUCGUUUCUCGAGCAGCGCGAUCCGACGAAGCAAAGCCGAGAAAAGUUAGACCCCGUGACAUGGCCUGCUUCCCUUGCGUCUCUGAAAAAUCACUGCGUACUCGAAAGAUCGUCGAAGGAGUGUCCGCCUACAGCAAAUCACAGCCCUCCUGCAAUUUUACAAGCUACUGCCCCCGAAGUGAGGGAGCAGCGUCGAGGGGCUAGUUUUGUCUUCAAGAGGGUAUCAAUCACUGUUCGGAAAACUCAUUCUCCACGAACUCAGAGGACAAGGCAUGGGCGUAGGGAGUUGAUUGACCUCACAGCAUUUUCCAGGCCUUUUCAGAAAUGGACUUGCUGUCAAGUCAUGCGCCAAAGAGGUGAAAGCGAAGGCCAAUUGACAGCGAAGCAACGUCCGUUCGUGAAAGCAUUCUCGGCGUAUGGGAAAAAUGAAUGAUACGGAUCUGUCUGAGCGCCGCAGCGGAGUAUGCUUCUGUAGUUCAGUCCUGUCUGCAGGGACACCAGCGUUUCCGGUCCGGCCACAGGUCCCGGUAGUCACUCUCCAGCAGAAGUCCUCCCACCCCCCAGAUGGAAAACGUUCCCUCUCUUUGUUUCUCAGCCUACCUAGCGCGAAUAGCAACCGCUGAGAGAUACUAAUCACGUACCUCCAUUGGCCACUGCCAGCUCCAGAGGAGCCACAAUCCCCGAACCCUGCACAGCAUCCAAACAUGAGGUGACGACACCCCGGCGACGUGCAGUGGUGUGCAAUAUCUGGAGAUGGAAUGCGUCCAUGUGAAGGAAGAACAUCUGUUGUCAGCCACAGGUGAGCAUUCUUAACCAACACAGCUUGACCGCACGAUGCUGUCCUGCUGCAACUGUCUUCCUUCGUAGCCGGCCUUCAGGAUUUAAGCAAGCUGACACGCUACUGUGGUCAGACAGUAUACAUGCAAAGCAGCCGAGACAACUGGCACGUAAAAGACAUGUGAAAUGAGGAAGUACCUGAGAGCACUUCCUGCUUUGCACGUCAGACUCAUCUCACCCGUCGGCUGUGCUUGGCAGGCAAGGUCGCUGCUGCUGGCUGAUUGAGGACUCUCUUCCGUCGACAUCAGCCGUUCCCAAAAGCAUCAAAUCCUAGGCUCUGCUAUACCUCCGCAUAGAACGCUGGUUCCCGGUGUUGCCAGCGAGAGGUAUCGUACCAACGCGACUGUCCUUGUUGUGCAGAACGAGAGUUCCUCGCAGCCAUGCUGCACCUCGUGGAGUAUCAGGAUACCGUAUAAUCUGUACAGGAUGUUUGCAACAAUUGCAGCAGCGUUCACAAAAAAGACCUCCCCCUCAUCGCAAUAAUGAAGGCCGCCCCGCAUUAGACACAGGCGACGACUAAAUCCAAGCGCUGAUCGAGUGCCAAGCUGAGCAUUCGGGACAACCUGGCGAAGUAGUCAGGGUUUGACCGCCGAAUCCGCUCUGAUUUUUAUUGGAUUUUUCCAUUCACAACGUAUAUACCAUGUUAAAUAAACUGAACAUCCUGUGGUUAUUCUGGUGUGCCGUCAGCUAGCCGCACCCGCGCAACUGUGUCGUGGUCAGAAACAAGAGCCUGGACGUCUCUUCAAUCCUCGAAAAAUCUAUUCUGCAUUAAGUUUCCGCCAUAAAGUACGGCUUGCAGGUUUGAAGGCCUUUCUCAAACACGGUCGUUUGCAUGUCGUAUUGCACAACUAUCCCAGCCACGGUCGCGUACUCUAAAGCCGGGGUCCUCUCAACAGUGCGGACAGGGCAUGCAUGUCCAUGAGAUCAACCCUACUUCAGCAUGUGUGGCCAGAGUUAUGCGGAGUUUUUUUUCCACGGAAGGAAUCGAUUCAAGUGCUGCGCCAGAUCGAAUGAAAAAGAGACGUAGGACUUUUUGGUUAACGCUCGCUCCAACCAGGCGAAGGAUUACUGCCUCCGGUCGAAGAUUCAAUACAGAACACCCGUUCCUCAAUCCCCUCGCGCCUCUGGGGUUCGCUUUGUGUCUGUCGCCUCUUCCUCCGUGCCAAUACACAACGGGCUCUUGCCGUGUGUGAAUGGCGAAAGACGCGAAUUUUUCUCCACUUUUUCCUAUUGUAUACACGUUGGGCUUACUUUGCGACACGUGAGCUUUUUUCGUGCGGUCAACUAAUGUCUGAGGGGGAGCUGUCCGGCGGAUUGCGUCGAUUCUCCGGUGAUGGAGGACCAUUUCACGGUACAAAUUGUUUCUGGCAAACCGAUGCGCUUUUCCUGUGGAGGCCGAUCUGGCAAAUACAGAGCUGUCCAUAGCAUCGGUUUUUAUCACGUCGGAUUUGCCACUGGUUCAGGAAUCCCGCGGAGGGGUCUCAUCUUCUUUCGCCGACCUGGCGGUGGAUUUCCCAAAGGUUUCUCCACUGACGACAGUUUGUUCUGUGCGCCCUGCCGGCCACAGCAUUCUCGUGAACUCCGUCGCGCUCCUGUCGGACUCAUGCUCAUGCGUCGCAGACCUUCCCUCCUGUCUGGGUGACUGCGCAUGUAGAGAGGCAGCAACUUGUGGCGUUUCCAUUUUUUUUUGCCUGACGAGCUCUUGAAACGUGCAUGCCCGGCGACACGCGGACUCGCAAGAGGACCACGCCUGGGUACAGGGAAACGCACGAGAUCCCGUGAUAUGGCGGUGGACCGUUACUCGCGGAAAAUGCGAGAAACCGAAGAGCUACACGAAGUUAGGCGCCCCUAUGGGGGUCCACCGAGACAGGCAAACGCCGUUAGUUCGUUUUUUUUCCGCAGAGCACAGGGCUGCAAAAGAGACGUGGAGAAACAACGCGCUUGCCACUCCUAUGAGGGGGAAACCUCAGAUGUGGCACCGCCUCCGAGGUUGUCCGACCGACGGGUCGGUUCUUCGAAGUUUCCACCGGGAAGCCAAGGGCAUCCGCAGUCGAUCUGCAUCCCGCCCUCAAGAAUUGUUGCCCGCUCUUCUCACCGCUCAGUGAAGCGCGGUGCGCGGCACGCGGCACACACUUCGCUGCCGAACUGUGGAUAUCCCCACGCGGACGUGUCCUAUGGGAAACGAGCCGCCGGUUUCGGGACAAAGUCAAGCUCAGAACGUCUCGCCGUGGAUCAACCAGGUUCAGCCGCGUCUCCUCUCUUCACGUCUGCGCGCCGUCAGCGCCUCUUCUUUUUGCCGGGUGCGUUUGCCCUCAUCAUCGCGAUGUUUUCUGUACAUCAGUCCUCCGUUUCUCGCGACUCGUCCGCGCUGUCAGCUGUCUUCCCGUGGUCCAGCGGGCUGCCCUCGGCUCUGUCUUCCCCGCCGGUAUCGACGCUGGGUGCGAUGGCAUACACUCUCAGCAGUGACUCGUACAACGACGUCUUCCUCGACCUGUCGGAUGGACUGACGAGGCCGCGAGAAACUCUCACGGUGCGCCUUCGGAAGGGUAGGACGCUGAAUAUCACCGGCUUCGAUCGGUCGCGCUUCGAAAUAUCGCCUGCAAACUUCAAGCAGGAAGCGUACCAAGUGCGGUCCAACUUGCCUAUGGUGUGCGUGACGUCACAGCUCGUGCGUCUCGCGGGCUUCUUCGUCUUCGCGGCUCCUCUCACAGAUUUCUGGGCAAUCGAGACGCCCCCAGGCGCGAAGCAUCCGACUUACAUCUUCUCGUGGCCGGCGGGAGGCCAACAUGUGACUCUUCGUGGAGGAGUCUGCGUACAGCUGCAUGACCACAAAAACCCGAACAACAGCAUCUUCAUCAUUAUUCGGCCCUCGUCAAGUGUCGCGUCGAAACCAGCGUUCGCUCUGGUCGCGGCCACGGUUCUGGUAGCGGUGAUACGCAGCGUGUGGUGAACGACGCUGCAUAUCGCAAGGCUAGCCAGCUGGUCGCCAGCGCCUUCGCUUCAGGCAGGUUUCCCCCACGACGUCCGCUCGCAGUGUCGUGAUAUACAGAAACAGGUGUGUGUGCCGCAGAAAUGGCAAACGGUGGAGGACUGAAUCGAGUGCGACCGGAGCCAGACACGUUUGUCGGGUGAGCUGCAUUUCACCGGAGAAUGUUCCGCCAAGGCGCAGAUUGGCGACGACGAAUUCAGCUGACCCACUUCCGCGCAUUAUGACAUAUGAUCGAAGACAAGGAAAUUGUGCACGAGCCACACGGACAGCCGCGGUAUCUAGUCAGCGCGUCUGGCGUAAGAAUGCGUGGUCCGUGAAACAUGACGUUAAGGACCGAUUUACGGUCUCCCGUAGGCACUUUGAUUCCUCACUACCGAGGGGGUCCGUCCUCGUGCCAUUCUGAAGCAACAGUGGUGGCAGCGGGGCAUUCACCUUGUGAAAAUUCAUCAAGUGCAUCCUUGCGAACACAUAUUUUGGGCUGUUGCCAUUUUUUCUCGGGUGUGGCUCUGACUGAAGUUCGCAGACAGACGCGCCUCAGUCUUUUCUGUACUGCCGCCUGCUCGUGGGUCCGUUGGCUUCUUUUUCUUCUAGUGACUGUGCAGUUUCCAGCAACUGGAGUGUUGUCUAGCGAGCUCGUUCGCUGGUAAGCUGUAAACUGUGGUGGUCGACACCGCGUUCCGUGGCAGCACAUCCUUGUGUGCGGCGAGAUUCCCGUCAGCAGCCUUGUAGGCUCAGGGCUGACUUGUCAACGAACCGGUGCUGCACGUGCGUCUCAGUUUCGUGUGGGAAGCAUUUUCUCAACCUUCUUCGUUUGCGUGGUGCGACCAGGGGAGAGGGAAGCGAGUCACAACACUGGCAUUUGGAGCUGUCAAGUCGAAAAGGAGCUCCGGUAAAAAAGCUCGCGGACGCAUGCACUCUGGUUACUUGCAACAGGACUUCGUGUGGUACACAGCUUCGCCGAGAAUCUCUCAGAAAUGUCCUCGCUACCAAAGUGUACGUAAGCCACUGAACGCUGCAGUCGGAGCAGUCCCAAGCCAAUGUCUACAGUUGGCUGCUCUUCGGAGGAAAGAGCCCUUCGUUCCAAACUUUGACUUGCUCAGCGGCUGGUCUCUCCAUGGCCGCAGGCGUCCGUGAACGGAGACGUCGUUUUCGGGUGCUUCAGAAAAGGAUUUACCCAGUUAACCCGUGUCUUCUCGACACCGAAACGACUACCACUCUCCGAUCUCCACGCCGCGUUUCUCCAGAUCGGCAAGCGUGACUCGAUUUUGUGCACGAGUGCAGAGCACCCGCUUGAAGCCACUUUCACAAAAUGGUUGACCCGUCGUUUUCGC